UUGUCUCAGACUAUCUGCCAGAUGGACCUUGAUGAAUCCCAAAGUCCCAAAGGGAUAUUUGAAUGUCAGCUCUGCAAGUUAUCCGUCCCGUAUACGUACUUCGGCCAGAAACCACCAAAUACACAAUCCAUUAUCCUCUUGGAAGAAUGCUUUAUAAUGAGGGAUCCUUUUGUUCCGGACAAAGAGAAGUUCUUAAUUCUUGGCUCUCCAUGCAGCCUGUGUAAGCAGGUGGUCUGUGUUGGCACGGAAUGCAGCCUCUUCUACUCCAAGAGAUUCUGUCUCCCCUGCGUCACCAAGAACAAGGACGCGUUUCCACCUGAGAUUCAGCAGGACUUGGAUAAAAGAAAGGCCCAAGCUAAAUGAUCUUUGGACAUUUGGGAAUAGCACAGCCUCCGACUGAACAAGAGGAUUAAAUAUGGUUGUGCACCUUUCAGUAUGAAGGUCUAGGUGAAAAGACAACUUACCUUUAUCUACAAGAUCGGACAACACCAGAUUCUGCAGUGUCUUACACAAGGAGCUUAAAGGAACACUCCAUGUGUGAGGAGAUGGGGCAUAACGUUUUCUGAAUCUGUCUCAUGCCUGAUGACUUAAUAGAUAUAAUUUCUUACACCAGUUCCUAAUACUCUACGUUGUCUAAAGGGAAAAUCCAAAUCAGACAAUGUUUAGGAUAUUAUACUAAGUAAGUUUAUCUGAAGAAACAUUUAAAGGGGGUCCUCCAGCUGAAGGAAAAAAGCCAGAGCUGCAAGGUGACUAACCUAUAUGUAAAAGGUACAGCAUCAUUUAGAUGUUGCGGAAGGGAAAGAAGAGUGGAGAAAUUAUGUAGUGUCCAACUGAUACAGUUAUUUAAUAAAAUGCAGCACGAGCCAUUUACAGAA